CAUACAUAUUUUUUCUUUUGAAAAUUUAAAAACUUCUUGAGUUGUGUAUGAAAAAUUGGUGCUUGAAUGACUAAACAAGAAAAUUUAGCUGCAAAUUUAUGUGGCAUAUUAGUAAAUCAAGGGAUUAAAGAGAAAGCUAUAGAAUGGAAAGCGCUUGGGCAAGAGCAAAAUGGAAUAUUAUUACUAUCUUGCAUUUUUAUACCACCUAAUGAAGAGGAAAAUCGAUAUUCGGUAAUUGGUGCUUUUCUUCCCAAACAAAAGUAUUUUAAAAUAUUUAGAAAAUUUGAAAAGUGUAUAAAUCCUAUACAAGCCUCAGUAAAUGUUAUACAUUCAUUAUUGUUGUAUACUACAAAAACAGAAAUUCAUGAUGAAUCUUGUGAACGAACUAAAUACGAAUAUCAACCAUUUAUUGUAGAAAUUAAGUCAACCGAGAAAAGUGAACCAAUUCCUUUAUUUAAAAUUGGUAAAGAGAAACAAAUAAUGUGCCAGUUCCUAUGGAGAAACAACAACAGCAAUAAUCCAAUAGAUAAAAUUUACCAAGACAAAUUUUUGAUAUUUACUCAUGAGGAAUCAAUAUUGCUGUAUACUAGUACAAUUAAAAGACGUUUAACAAAAUCAGAUGUUUGCAAAAUAAAUUUUGAUGAUGAGACAACAUGGUAUUUUGAUUCAUCAAUUUUGGUUACUGAAACUUUGGUGCGUAACUUUAGCUGGGCUCAAUGGGAUUGCGAAAAUCAAUCUCUUUAUUUUAUUCACAUGAAGCAAACUGUUUUCAGUUCUUUAGAAGGCCGAAAGACUGAAAAAAAUGGAGAAUCUAACCCAACAUUAUCUGCUUAUCAAUUUAAUGAAAAUUUGCCAACAGAAACAGUUUUAAAUAUACCUCUAAAUCUCCCCAAGCUUCCGCAAUCCUCAACAAGUUCAAAUAUUUAUGAUGAUGAAACUAUUCCUUUGCAAAUCCACAAUAAUUGCUUAAAAUUAGUUAUAUUGGCAGAUGACUCAGGAAUGUUUUUCGUGUGCCACUAUUAUUUUUAUCAGCCAGUUAAACCACCAACCGAAGAAGGAUUUGCAGAAAAAGUGGAUACAGUACAUUUUGCUUAUUCAGUAACGGUGUUGCAUCACGGAUGCGUGAUACAUUGUGUAAUGCCUGAAGUUCCUUGGGACAUUGGUAAAAUAAUGAGGCCUACUUUUGUUUUACAUGGUGAUCAUCACUUAUUAGUUUUUCAACCGGGUCUAUUUGCACAUUUGUUAGAUAUUGGACAUACGCAUGAACCUGGGUGUCACAUAGUAUGUCCAGCCUUUAAUAAAAACCAAUUUUCACAUCUUGUUCCAUGCAGGAAAUGGAAUGGCUUAGCAUUUGAUUCAGUUACCUUAGACUUGGUUUCUUUAAAUGUGCCAAAAUAUCAUUUGAUUGAAGCUUUUCGUAAUGAUGAAUCCAUUGAUAACCGGCUAAGUAUUUUACAUUACUUUUUGAUACAUUCCAAUGACAUGGAUGUGCUAGCAGAACUUUUAAGCAUUAUAAUGGAAAAGCCGCUUUCAUUAGAUACGGUUCCAUUACUAAAGGAAGCUCUUCUUGCCGGAAGUUACGCUUCUUCAACAAAGUCGUUACCGGAUGAAGCGGUAGCUUUAGCAAAAUUAUUACCUUUCACUACUCUAAAUUCACGCAAACCAUCGCAUGCUAAAGUUUCUGAUGUUUCUGUUGGUAUUUCUCAUGAGAAUUUAUGGAAUACAACAAUGAUGUUGUUGUCUCCACAACAAAGACUUUCACCUUACCGUUCAGAUAUGUGGACUAAACUUUGGGAUAAGUUAAACGAUAAUAGCAAAGAAAGGAAACGUUUUAAUUCAGAACAAGUUUCAGAAAAAUUAAUUUUUUCUUUAGUGUGUUAUCAACCUGAAGCUUUGUCAAGAUGUACAACACCUUUAUCUCCUGGACCAACUGCAGGAAGUAUUAUGGAAUUUAAUAUGACAUCAAGGCGAUUUCAAAAUGAUUUACUUCCUUUUAUUGAGUUUGAAUCUUGCACAGCCACUAAACAGGAACAUAUUAUUUCUGUUAAUUUAAGAGAACUAAGUGUACAUUUAGUUAAACAUUCAGCUAAACAAAAUACCGGAUUCAGGUGGUUAAGAGAAGCAUUUUUUGAUAAAUCUCAAACAUUUACACAUGUACAUUCUGUAGCUUCACAAUAUGUAUCUGCUCAAUUGGAAAUCUCUCGGGCUUUAUGUGCUUUAACCUGUAGAGCAGCAGGUAUAGAUGCCAGGUUUGAAACUGCUCGUGGUUUUCAAUUGAUUGACCAAAUGAAUCAUAAUCAGCAACAUUCAUUAUUUUUAAUACUAGAAAGAUACUGUCUAGCUGUUGAAUCUAUAGCUUUUCCCUUACCGCAAGGAUUUUCAUCAUUCUUUACAUAUUUGGGUUAUCGAGCAUUAUCAUUUGAUAUGUUUAUGCAAUAUGUAUCAAAUCAUGUUUUCGAACUACAAGUUGAUGUAAUGAAAGUAAUUUUUAAUGAUAUAGCAGACACAAAGGAGGGAAUAAAUCAAAAGCUGUUUCUUUUAUCUGUCCUUCCAAAAUCUAGAGCUCAAAGACUUUUAAAAAGUUGGAAUGAUCCCAUAUCAUUAAUGAUACGUGGACGUGAACAUGCUAGCAAUAUACUUUCAGGCAAUGCAGUUCAACCGAAACAGAUGUAUACGGGUUCAAAUAAAAGACCAAAUGGACUAUCAUUAGAAAAUGAUUUACCUCUUGAUACAUUUUUAAAUCUUUUAACGGCUAAAGCAAGUCUCAAUGAACUUGAUUUUAAUUUAUUGAUUGAAACAACAAUUAAACGUUAAUUUUACAAAAUAUAGUAAUAAGUUAAAAAGUUAGUUAAGUUUUACUAUUUUUGUUUGAAAUGUUAUAAACAUUCCAUGCUUAGAUCUCAUAUACUUAAAUAAUAUUGAUAUAUCCGUAAUAAUGUGCAA